UCCGCUCGGAAAUGUCAUUUGUCAAUCACAGUGCGAGCGCAACGGUUGUCCGAUCCGAGAGCUAACUGCCAGUUCAGCGGAGAACAGUUAAGACCGACGACGCCAGUUAGGACCUGCUAAUCCGCCGAUUCCAGUAUUUCGAUUUAGCCAGGUUUAAUAUCACCUACAAAUAAAUAAAUUCAAAGAUAACAAACGUGUCGCCAAAACGUGUCAGUGUGCCAAAAGUGAAGUGCUAAAUAACCAAAAAAAAAAAUAAACCCAAUCAAGAGAAACAGCAAACAACGAGUCCAAAAUAAAUAAUGGAUAACUCCAGCUCUGUGCCCUGGGCCAGUGCCGCCAGUGUCACCUGUCUCUCCUUGGACGCCAAAUGCCACAGUUCCAGCUCUAAAGCGACCACGAGCUCCAUCUCCGCAUCUCCAGAAGCGCAAACGAUGCGCCACAUUGCGCAUACGCAGCGUUGCCUCAGCAGGCUGACCUCGAUGGUGGCCCUGCUGCUGCUCGUCUUGCCAAUGAACUUCACCCCGGCCCACAGCUGCGGUCCUGGCCGAGGACUGGGUCGCCAUAGGGCGCGCAACCUGUACCCGCUGGUCCUCAAGCAGACCAUUCCCAAUCUCUCCGAGUACACGAACAGUGCCUCUGGACCUGUGGAGGGCGAGAUCCGUCGGGACUCGCCCAAAUUCAAGGACCUGGUGCCGAACUACAACCGGGACAUCCUUUUCCGCGACGAAGAGGGCACCGGAGCAGAUCGCUUAAUGAGCAAGCGCUGCAAGGAGAAGCUGAACGUGCUGGCCUACUCGGUGAUGAACGAGUGGCCCGGCAUCCGCCUGCUGGUCACCGAGAGCUGGGACGAGGACUACCAGCAUGGCCAGGAGUCGCUCCACUACGAGGGCCGCGCGGUAACCAUCGCCACCUCCGAUCGCGACCAGUCCAAGUACGGCAUGCUGGCCCGCCUGGCCGUCGAGGCCGGAUUCGACUGGGUCUCCUACGUCAGCCGGCGCCACAUCUACUGCUCCGUCAAGUCAGAUUCCUCAAUCAGUUCCCACGUGCACGGCUGCUUCACCCCGGAGAGCACGGCGCUGCUGGAGAGUGGAGUCCAGAAGCCGCUCGGCGAGCUCUCCAUCGGAGACCGAGUCCUGAGCAUGGCCGCCAACGGACAGGCACUCUUCAGCGAGGUGAUCCUCUUCAUGGACCGCAACCUGGAGCAGAUGCAGAACUUCGUGGUGCUGCACACGGACGGUGGGGCGGUGCUGACCGUCACGCCCGCUCAUCUGGUGAGCGUUUGGCAGCCGGAACAUCAGGAUCUAACCUUUGUCUUCGCCGAUCGCGUCGUGGAGCAGAACCAGGUGCUCGUCCGGGAUGCGAAGACGGGCGAACUGAGGCCCCAGCGCGUCAUUCGGGUGGGCAGUGUCCGGAGUAAGGGCGUGGUGGCGCCCCUGACCCGCGAGGGCACCAUUGUGGUCAACUCGGUGGCCGCCAGUUGCUAUGCGGUGAUCAACAGCCAGUCGCUGGCCCACUGGGGUCUCGCUCCCAUGCGCCUCCUGUCCACGGUGGAGGCGUGGCUGCCCGCCAAGGAUCAGUUGCGCAGUUCGCCGAAGGUCGUCACCCAGGCGGAGCAGCAGAAUGGCAUCCAUUGGUACGCCAAUGCCCUCUACAAGGUCAAGGAUUACGUGCUACCGCAAAGCUGGCGCCACGAUUGAGCACACAACCUGGAUCCCGAUCCUGAUCCCGAGCCCCACGAUCCUGUAUUGUAUUAUAUCCUGUAGUUAUGUAUAUGCCUAAUGAUUGAUGUAUUUCAAUGUUGAAUAUCGUUAAUGAUCGAUCGAUACUAUUUAUUUACCACAAACAACAAAAAACACCCCACCCAAGCGAUAAAGCAAAGAGCAAACGAAAAAAAGAAAUCAAAACGAAAACGAAAACAUUGUUAAAUGUCCUUGACUUAUUGUUUUUGCAAACAUUUUAGCUAUAAGUAGGCAAUCCUCGGCGCAGAUCCUAAAAUGAGUAAAGAAACCCACAACUUUCUUUCAAUCGACAAACUCCCGAAGAACACAGACGACUGUUACUGUAUAUUAUAAUGGAAUUGAAUUGCAUAAUUUAUUAAGGUGCGGCGGCGAGUUCAAGCCAUUGGAUAUAAAUAUAUCGUACUUUGUAUAUAGAAGAAGCAUUAUAGUGACUGAAUACUUUAUUGUAAUUGUGUAUAUAAUACUUAAUAGUUAACUGCGUAUUUAUACUUAAUAUUU